UGGACUAAAUGGUUGUCCGUUUAAUAAAAGAAACGCUGAUACGGCAGUCGAGGAGGAUGGACCAAACAAAACAUCGCCCAUCCCCAUCUUAGGGGUUUAAAGACUAGACUCCACCUCUUUUGCUAGUGCCGCCCUAAUUGGCUGGAGGUUUCUAGAGUACGUGGUGCUCUGAUUGGUAGAUAUUGGCUGUAGGCGGUGCUAGAGAAAGCAGCUGUCAUGGCGGAGCUGAGUGAAGCGCUACUCUCUGUGUUGCCGACCAUCCGGGUACCUAAGGCCGGGGACCGUGUCCAUAAGGAUGAGUGCGCCUUUUCCUUUGACAACCCGGAGUCUGAUGGAGGCUUGUAUAUUUGCAUGAACACAUUCCUGGGCUUUGGAAAGCACUAUGUGGAGAAGCAUUAUGAGAAAACAGGCCAGCGGGUCUAUCUACAUCUCAAGAGAACGCGCAAAUUGAAAGAAGAAGAUGCCAACUCCACAGCUGGAGAUCCUCCUAGGAAGAAACCAACCCGUCUAGCUAUUGGUGUAGAAGGCGGGUUUGAUAUCCCAGAGGAGAAAUAUGAAUAUGAUGAACAUGUCAAAAUAGUCAUUUUACCAGAGUACUUGGAUAUUCCUCGGGAUGGACUGGAGGGUCUACCAGACAUGGUCAAGGACAGGAUUUCAAGUGCAAUUGAAGCUAUUUUGACAGCAGAUUCAGCCUCGCGCAAACAGGAAGUGCAGGCCUGGGAUGGGGAGGUCCGGCGUGUGUCCAGGCACGCCUUCUCACUCCAGCAGCUGCAGAAUGGUGUGCGUAUCCCUCCUUGUGGCUGGAAGUGCAGCAAGUGUGACAUGCGGGAGAACCUGUGGCUCAAUAUGACAGAUGGCUCCAUCCUGUGUGGGCGACGCUACUUUGAUGGCAGCGGGGGCAAUAACCAUGCCGUAGAACAUUAUCGGGAAACUGGCUACCAGUUGGCUGUGAAGCUGGGAACCAUCACUCCUGAUGGAGCUGAUGUCUACUCAUAUGAUGAGGACGACAUGGUGCUGGACCCCAACCUGGCUGAGCAUCUGGCUCAUUUUGGGAUUGACAUGCUCAAAAUGCAGAAGACUGACAAGACCAUGACAGAGCUUGAGAUUGACAUGAACCAGCGGAUUGGUGAAUGGGAGCUGAUCCAGGAGUCCGGAGUGCAGCUCAAACCUCUCUAUGGCCCUGGCUACACAGGCAUUCGCAACUUGGGCAACAGCUGCUACCUGAAUUCGGUAGUGCAGGUGCUCUUCAGCAUCCCAGAUUUCCAGAGGAAGUAUGUAGACAAGAUAGAGAAAAUAUUCCGCAAUGCACCUACAGAUCCGACACAGGACUUCAGCACCCAAGUAGCCAAGCUGGGCCAUGGACUACUUUCUGGGGAAUAUUCAAAGCCAGCCCCUUCCGAUGGGGAACAGCAACUGGACCAGAAGGUGCAGGGCAUUCAAGAUGGCAUUGCACCACGUAUGUUUAAAUCUCUUGUUGGCAAAGGUCAUCCAGAAUUUUCUACCAAUCGGCAGCAAGAUGCUCAGGAGUUCUUCUUGCACUUCAUCAACAUGGUAGAGAGGAACUGCCGUAGCUCAGAAAACCCAAAUGAGGUCUUCCGCUUCUUGGUGGAGGAGAAGCUCAAGUGCUUGGCCACAGAGAAAGUCAAAUACACCCAGCGUGUUGAUUACAUCAUGCAGCUGCCAGUGCCCAUGGAUGCAGCACUGAACAAAGAUGAGUUGCUGGAAUAUGAAGAAAAGAAGCGGCAGGCAGAGGAAGAAAAGCAACCCCUGCCUGAGCUGGUCCGUGCCAAGGUGCCUUUCAGCUCCUGCCUUGAGGCCUACGGGGCCCCAGAACAAGUGGACGACUUCUGGAGCACAGCCUUGCAGGCCAAGUCUGUGGCACUCAAGACAACGCGGUUUGCCUCUUUCCCAGACUAUCUAGUGAUCCAGAUUAAGAAAUUCACAUUUGGCCUGGAUUGGGUGCCCAAAAAACUCGAUGUCUCCAUUGAAAUGCCAGAGGAGCUGGACAUCUCUGCGCUUCAGGGAACAGGACUACAGCCCGAGGAGGAGGAGAUGCCUGAUAUAGCCCCCCCGCUAGUGACGCCAGAUGAGCCCAAAGGUAGCCUGGGUUUCUAUGGCAACGAGGACGACGACUCCUUCUGCUCCCCUCACUUCUCCUCUCCGACAUCCCCCAUGUUGGACGAGUCCGUGAUUACCCAGCUCGUGGAGAUGGGCUUUCCGAUGGAUGCCUGCCGCAAAGCCGUAUAUUACACUGGGAACAGUGGGGCUGAGGCGGCAAUGAACUGGGUCAUGUCGCACAUGGAUGAUCCAGAUUUUGCAAAUCCUCUGGUUCUCCCAGGAUCCAGUGGGCCAGGCUCCACUAUCACGUGUCCAGAUCCCCCGUCUGAAGAUAGCGUGGCAACCAUAGUCUCCAUGGGCUUCUCUCGGGAUCAGGCCAUGAAAGCACUAAGAGCUACGAAUAACAGUCUUGAGCGGGCUGUGGACUGGAUCUUCAGCCAUAUUGAUGAUCUGGAUGCAGAAGCUGCCAUGGACAUCUCUGAGGGGCGUUCGGCAGCUGAAUCCAUCUCCGAAUCUGUCCCUGUAGGUCCCAAAGUGCGCGAUGGACCUGGAAAAUAUCGGCUUUUUGCCUUCAUCAGUCACAUGGGCACUUCUACUAUGUGCGGCCACUAUGUAUGUCAUAUCAAGAAGGAUGGCAGAUGGGUGAUCUAUAAUGACCAGAAAGUCUGUGCCUCCGAGAAGCCCCCCAAGGAUCUUGGCUACAUCUACUUCUACCAGCGGAUCACCAGCUAGGACCCUCUACUGCUGGGUGUGGAGCAGGAGCCAGCUCUUGGCAGGAGGAGGGGGAGUGGCAGUGAUGAAUGCAAAGAAGAGGGCCAACUCUCAACCCUUGACGUGUCUGUGUGCCACUGCUGCAGCCCAGAGGCAGGAUUCCUCCCUAUGGAAGCUGGGGUCUGGAGCCCCUGUGGACACUGAUGGGCUGGGGGGUGGGGAAUGGAUUUGAACCUCUGUGUAAAAGAAAGGAAAAAAGGUCUCUCAUUGAACCUGUCACCCAAGGGAUGUCCACGCACACAGUGUUGCUUCUUGAUGUGACUAUGAUACUCUUAGUCGGUUGGAAAAGGGUGGGGGAGGGGGGAGGGAGCACUUGAGUAAGUGUGGCUUUAUGUACCAUAUAUAGGGUGGGCAUUCCCGUCUUCUCUCCCCCACCCCCCAGAAUUGUGCAAGAAAUAGCGUGGGCCAUAAUGUAGCACCUGUUCUUCAUGUGCCCCAUAAUGCCAAAACACAAAGGAUCAAAUAAAAACCUUGUACACCCCCCACCAGCAACAGUCUGUCCGUGUGGCUUCCACUCCCUCUUAUUUAUUAAAGGAUCUGUGGCUA